CCCCGGCGCUCAGCGAGCAUCAGCCUCCGCUCAGCCAGCAUCGGCCAGCGCGCCGCCGCCACCGCCUAGCGAGCACCGGCUCCCGCCCGCCGCCGCUGCCCGGCGAUGCCCGAAGUCCCCGCUGUCCGCGCCUGGCCGCUUCUGCUCUCGCUGGCCCUUCAGCUCGGCUCAGCCGCUGGCGCUCCGCAGCCCUGGCGCUGCGCGCCCUGCUCCGCCGAGAGGCUGGCGCUCUGCCCUCCCGUGCCCGCCUCGUGCCCGGAGCUCACCCGGCCCGCCGGCUGCGGCUGUUGCCCCACGUGCGCCCUGCCGCUGGACGCCGCAUGCGGCGUGGCCACUGCGCGCUGCGCCCAUGGGCUCAGCUGCCGCGCCCUGCCCGGGGAGCCUCGGCCCCUGUACGCCCUCACCCGCGGCCGGGGCGCCUGCAUGCCCGCGCCCAGCGCCGAGGCCACAGAGGCAGAGGACCCUGCCAUCCCAGAGAACGUGUCCCCUGAGAGCUCAGAGAUGACCCAGGAGCAGCUUCUGGACAAUUUCCACCUGAUGGCUGAGUCCAGUGAGGACCUGCCCAUCCUCUGGAACGCCAUCAGUAAUUAUGAGAGCAUGAAGGCUCUGGAGACCACCGACAUCAAAAACCGGAAGGAGCCGUGCCAGCAAGAACUCUACCAAGUGCUGGACAGAUUAGCCAGGGAGCAGCAGAAGGCAGGAGACAAACUUUACAAAUUUUAUCUGCCAAACUGCAACAAGAAUGGAUUCUAUCACAGCAAGCAGUGCGAGACAUCCCUGGAAGGAGAGCCUGGGCUCUGCUGGUGUGUCUACCCUUGGAGCGGGAAGAAGAUCCUGGGGUCCGUGGUAAUCAGAGGGGACCCCAAAUGCCAUCAGUAUUUUAACUUACAGAACUGAAAACAGAUGCAAUAUGAUCUGUUCCUUCACAUGAAAUAUUUAAGUACAUACGAUAUUUAUACUCUGGAAUACACACACACUUUUAUAUAUAUAUAGAUGUGUAUGUAUAUAUAUAGGAAUUACUUUUUAUACUCCACAUAUUACUUGAUAUAUAAAGCUGUAGUUUAUUUAUUCACCAUAAGUUUAUUUUUUUCUACACAGUAACUUGUGUUAUAUUAAUUUAUAUAUCAUGAAACACUUCCCAUCAUGUUGUGUGUAAAUACUUGUAUUUCAGUUCUUCAGAGGUUCAUGCUUCUGUCUUAAAGAGCACAGGAAAAUACUGCCUAGAAAAUGCAAAAUCAAAUGUGUAGCAGUGAUUUUUUUUAAGUGGUUUGAUGGAGGAUGGUUAUGCUGUGCUUAGGAAUGAUUUACUCUGUUUAUUCCAUGGAUCCGUGUUUAGCGUAAAUUUGCAGGGAAACUUAAAUGUUGAUUACGUAGUCAAAGCUACAUGUGAUGAUAUUGCUACGUGUUAAAAUAUGUAUUGGAGAUAUGGUCAAACACAUGAACACAGUGUAAACACAUUGGAAUAAAUACACCACACUGGAACAUU